CAUGCUAGGCUCCUCGUACCACUGAAGAAUCAAAAUACUUAUUUAUUUAAAUCGUUCAGGUCCAGUUGACUUAUUAUCGCAUUCAGAGCUCGGGGUUAAAAACACCAUGAAAGGCGAAAUAAUGGAAUUUUUAUAUUUUCAUUGUCUGUGACCAGUUUUCAUUUGUGAACGUUAUUAAUGCACAGUUGUGUCCGAGGAUAUGUACGCAAUGAUUCACAUAUAACUGCAGUUUAAUUUUGAAAUACGAUGACUGUCGUUUGGAUAUGUACUUGCAGCUUAUCCUAAUCCUUGCAGUGUUAAUAGAAGGGGAGGCUUAUUUAUGCUACGAGUGUACGUCCCUGGACGAUGGUUGGUGCACCGAGCACUUUGUGGGUAAAGACACGUCUUCAUUCUCCCAUCAUGUUGUCAACUGUACCGGGGAUUGUAUGAAAAUGAUAGUCCGCGUGACGAACGAUAAAUAUUUCUACGUCAGGACAUGUGACGUCAGCAAGGGCUUUUCCAAUACGUGUUCGAUUGGCAGUUAUGUUUUGGGAAUUCCCACCAGCACAGUGUGUGUUUGUUCAGGCAAUCGCUGUAAUGCGGCUGUCAUUUUCUACAGCAAUUCCAUUCUUUAUUUUGCUUCACUUACUUUAUUCCUCCUUGUUUAUUUAUAGAUGACAUUUUUUCUUCAACUCAUGAUUUACAUCUGUGUGUGUUAAUAAAGUUAAGAAUAUCUGUUUUGUUGAAACUUGUCAGAAUUAUGUCAAUGUUUGUACUAUUUCACCUGUUAAUCAAUCAAUGGGAAGUUUUUGUUAAAGAAAAUCAAUGUAGAUUACAUGUAUUUACUUGUACUUUCUUUGUAAUGAAAUGUCACCAUCUUUUAAAUUCUAUGAUCGCUUACAUUUUUGUAUGUACAUGUAUACCAACAAUGCAUGUAUAUAAGCAUUAACAACUUAAAAAUAAAAACGGUACCUUAUCCGA